AUGCAUUUCUUCCUACACCGACCGAAUGCCGGUUUAUCAUUCUGAUUAAGUAUGCUUGUUUUAUUUAAGCGUUUUAUUAAUAAGAAUUUCCUUAAAAUUCUUGACGAGGCAAUCACGUGACGCGAUUCUCUUUGACGUUUUGAAUGAAUUGGACUGACUGCAGGGUUCUACUAGGGAGGCUCAGACAUGUCCAAACAAAUUAUGCUGGUCAUAUCCAUCCUCUGUGGUGCUCUGUUUCUUCAGACAAAAGCAUGUGAAAACAUGACAACUGUAUCUUACAACAUGACAACGGAAUCCUACAACAUGACAACAGAAUCCGACAACAUGACAACGGAAUCCUUCAAUAUGACAACAGUGCCAUACAACAUGACGUCGAUAAAACCGACCAAUGAGCCUCAUCCUAUCACUCCCUCCCCGUCAGGGUCAAAAUUCAGCGUCGGUACGUUCGUUGGGGGUAUAGCCGUGGGGGUCGUUCUGGUCCUCGUCAUUUUGGCGGGAAUUUACUACGUCAGGAAAAGAAACCAGCGACAGAAGUAUCAGAUUCUACCAGAGUAAAGAGAGAGAGAGAGAGAGAGAGAGAGAGAGAGAGAGAGAGAGAGAGAUUUGCUUCAUUUUUGUCUUUUGUCUGGUUGAUACGGAUUGCGUUUAGUCAUUUUAUUUUAGAGCAAGUGCGUAUGCCUCUGAUGUACAAUGUAGGUAAACAGUUAACUGAUGUGUGUUCUUUGACUAGAAAUGCCCUGCGUUUUCUUUAUCUUCUGAACAUUAUGUAACGGCCUUUUCUAAAGUAAAAUUUUAUAUUCAUUUACUUCUUUUGAAAAGUAGUUUACUUCUCUCAAACUGCAGUUUACAGGCUAUUGUGUCACUUACACCAAAAACAUAUUAACACAUUUUUUAUAUCAUGUAUAAAAGGAAUAUUAGUCAUGUGAAGAUGCAAUCUAUGGAAAAAAUGACAGACUAAUAUAUGCGAUCGAUGGAAUAGACAGACUAAUCACGUGAAGAGAGUGUCUAUGUGAUGACUAUACUAGUCACAUGUGUGUGGAUAGACAAAUUGCAUGGUCACAUUGGAAUAUAACGUUCAUAUGGGAUAGUAUACAGAACCACAUUUGGAGCUAUUCUGACAGAUCAUAAUGUGCUGGAUGUGACGUUAAACAGUCAACACAUCACGCUGAUACAAACGUUAUAUAAUAGUCAACCUUGACUGCAGGGAAACAGCAAGUGUGACCUUCAGUGCGUGUAUGUACGUGUAUGUAGAGUACCAUUCCAUAUUUGUAUAGAAGUCUGAGUCUGAUGCAUGGCAUUCAGGUAACACUCAGAUCUUAUCA